AUGACUUCAGGAAACUGCUGCGGAUUCGAAGAUUUUCUCAUCCACGAAUUCUCUGCAAACAUGGUGAGUCAAUUUGUUUGUUUCCUCGAAUUUAUCUGAUUAACUAGUUACUUUCCGGAAAAUCGAUUAUUGAUGUCCAAGAAACCGUGCCGCGGGCGGUAAACUCUGCGCCGUGCUUGCUUUAGACUCCGCCCACUUUAUCACUGGAGAUAUUAGCGUCAUUGUCCUCGUUUUCUUCUCAUUUCUCUUUCUUCUUCGCGGAACUUUUUCCUGUAGACUCAGCGGUUUAUUGAGUACAAAUUAGACCGAAAAAAUAUUUUUUUGUGCUGUAAGACACGGCGAAAAGGUCCCACAUUUUCCCAAAAACAAGGUCGUCGAAGGUCCAUCGAUCGAUAAAUUUUCAGUAUGCCGUAUUUCGACUUUUACAGCGAUUCGCCUGUCGCCUUCCGUUUCAGUUGGCAGUUGCCAUAGAAAUAAUUAGAAGUCUCCGUGUGCAGAAAGCGGCUAGCGCUAUUGUUUUCGCAAGUAAUAUGUAGCAGCUUAUCCGACCUCUACUUCCUCGAGAAACACUGUUCGAACGUCGUUUCUUGAUAAUGUUGUGCCAUUUCUUCCGUUUUGACGCAAUUUCGAACGGUUCGACAGCGAUAUCAUUCCAAUUCCAGGCCGCUAAUGAGAUGGAUGGAGAGAAGAGUGGUUGUCGGAGGGAGCGAUGCCCAGCCGCUUUUUUGAAUCUUUUUUCUCACGGUUUUUAUUAAAAAUCGUGUCCCAAAAUCUCUUUGUGGCAUUUUCAAAUAGUCGGUGCCAGCUCUGCUAUUUAUCGCUCCGCCACCUUUAGACACUUUUUUGUAAUUUUUAAAAAUUUUGGACCCAGCUGGUGGCUGCCGGGCUGACCAGACCAGGUCGUGAGCAGUAGAAGUUCAUAUUUUGGCUCGGCCCGUCGCAAGUCUGAGCAGGACGAAAAAGUAGCCAUUAAUUAAAAUACUCGGCUGCACCUAACUGCAGGUGUCGUUGAAGAGAGCAUUCGCCCCCUUAUUUGAGCCAUUUCAACCUCGUUUCAGAGCGGAUAUAAAACUGAGUUUAUCUUACGAAACUCGAGAAUAAUUCCCUUUUUGUUUCGCUACUCUAUCGCAUUCCGCUUCACGGUCGUGAAGUUUUGAAAUUGGGAAUUAGUCAUCGGUUUCUGUUCGAAUCGCGAACCUUUAGACGCUCAUCCCUCUCCUUUUCACUGUUCUCUUUGUUUUUUCUCCGCCUGUUUUGUCGGGUGAGAGCCAAGUCACAUCGCUUGCCCGCGGUUUCUUCUUUUUGUUUUUGGCGACGAACCGACACGCGAUUAGACUUCUUAUUGCAUGCGAGAGAUAGAUAGAGUCUAUGCGUAUGUGUGUGUUUUCGCGGACCGGCCAUUCGUUUUCCCAUUCUCUUUUUCUCCUUUCUCCUCCCAAUCUAUCAAUAAACAAAUGAAGAAAGGGGGGGGGGGGAGUGUAUAUUUAUGAAUCAUUUUAACAAAACAUAGAAACUCAGAGCUUUCCCCUUCAUCAAUUCGGUUUUCUCUUCGAAUUUCUCUCAUUUUUACUGUUUGCAGAACUCGGAAAGCAAUGAACACUGCCAUGGAGUCGGUCUAUCCGGUCCCGGACCAUCAGCAAUUCAGUUGGAGCCGUGGACUGUUCAGCAACGGGAUGCAAGCAAACGUCCACGAGCCCGUCACAGCAAAGGAUCUCGAGGAGCACUUUAACCAAUUCAGGGAAGAGCUCAUCCCAGGCUUCGAGCAUCUGAACCUCAAGGAACUGGUCAGCCCGAAGAACGUCAAGAACAUCGCCGCUGCCGCGCCGUUCACGAGAGCGCAGCAGUGGAGCGGCCUUUGGGGAAAAGAUGGAGCAUUCUCAGACGGCCCUGUCUUCUACGGGCUCAAGAAGAUCGACGUCAACGCUCUCUUCCGCAUCGACUACGACGUGCACGGGGUCAAGCCAGACGCCGCCAUCCACAAGCAGGACGUGAUGAAGCAUUUCAACAUCCGGCCGUGUGGCCUCGGGAAGACGAUCAUGAUCCAAGGCGUGUGCGGAACCAUCAUCAAGCGCUUGGAGGUGGCGAUGACUAUCAUCAACAGUGCCAUUGGCCGCUGCAUUUCGGUGAAAAAAAGUGACGACGUUCUGAAGAAUCUGGUGAUGCUCCGCAGCACGGUCCAGAAGAAGUUCUUCAAUCCUCAUAGCUUGGUGAUCAUUGUGUACACCAAGGAUGCUCCAACGAUCAGCGUCAUUGAUGUCGGGAGCCUGAACUUUCCCGUUCAAGUACUCCUCACUCCGGAUGAGGUGAACACAACCACCGUGACGGAGGUGGUGGAAGAGCAGGAAGCUGCUCCAGAGGAGAACGCGAAAGAGGUCGCCGCUAACCUGGUCGCUAACGUGACCGGUUGCAACAUGGUAGCCAACACUCCGAGGUAACCUUAAAAUAGUUGUAAAUUUUGUCUAAAAGAGAACAUUUUCAGAAGGGGCAAUAAGGGUGGCGGAAGAGGCAGGCGCGUUUAUGGAAACGGAGAAGGAUGCCGGUAAGCUUAUGAACGUAUUUGGAAAAAAAAACACGUAUUGUUGUUUCCAGGGGCCGCGAAAUUAACAGUGUCUCGACCCCCGUCAGGGAACGCGAGGACGACAGUCCGGCGCGCGGUGAUGCUUUGCUCCGUCACUUUCUUCAUGGGAAGCCUGUCUGUAUCGGAUGUGGAGCUCCAGGCCCGAUCGGUAAAGGUCCGGCUCUGAUCUCGAUUCCGGCUUCGAGAGCUCAGAAACCUUAUCAGUGAGCCGUUGGUAAAUCAAAACGCAUCUAACAAUCUGCCAAUUUCAGCAAUGUGCGUCGUGGUCCGGACUUUCUCGAGCAUCUCGAAGAGGUCAUCGAUGCUCCGGGACAGAGAAAAAUCAACGACGAAACCUACAAAAGCCACGGAAAGAAGCAUGCGGGUCGCAAGUCUGGCCGUCAAAGAACCCGCAAACACUGA